UAAACAAACUACCCGAAGCUGGUGGUUUUGACGCUUAUUGCGCUGCGCAAACAAUCCGUUAUACUAAGGGUUUUGUACACAGCUUUGCAAAAGGGUGAACCCGUAAGCAUUUUCUACCCCAUUUCGAAAUCAGUUGAGAACGCGUCAUGGCGCCAGUUCCUCUUAGCUUCUUCGUUGUCAUGGGUUUAACUAUUAUGGUUACCAAAUCAAAUACCAUUUUCAAACGCUGCAACUGUUUCCACAAAACUGCAGUUACCAUUUAGUCGUGUUCGACGGUUGUACCACUUUGCUCUCGCUUAUCCUUGCCGCUAAUAAAUAAUGUCCAAUCACUACUACAAUGACCUUUGGCACCAGGCGCAGCACGAAGUUGAUCUUUUAGCAAUCGCCGAUGAGCAGCAGGGACAGAAUUUCGAGACUGCGCUCGCCGCUCUGGCUUCGGCCCUGCCGGAUGUAGAAGCAGUGACCGACCCAAAAAAGCUUAUUCAGUCUACUGUCUAUGAGUUCUAUUUACGCUAUAUCGGCAUCGCUAAUCGUCUGGAGGAAGUUUACGACAAAAUGAUACAACCACAGAAGCGACUCUUGGUGCGCAAGCUACUCGACGCGUGCUUGGGGCGCGUUAUUGAGCUUAAACAUGAUCUGGUCAAUAUCGAUUUAAUGGAGUUCAAUUACAACGACGCGGUUGUUAUACGGCUGCAACUAACGCCCAUGGAUACUGAGCUGCAUAUACCGCGCUACUUUCUACGCGAACGACAACAAGAAAUCGAGCAACGCAAUCGUACCAUGCACGAAAUACUCAUCAAGCUGGGUUGGUUAGAAGAGCAUCCGAGUGAAGAGAAGCUAAGUGAAAUCGAGGCUAUACGUCUCUUGCAGAUGCAUGAGCGCGCGCGCCAGGGAAGGUUACGAGCGCAUUUCAUGAAAGAGAUACGCAUGCUGAAGGAUAAGGGCAAGGCAGAGGAGAAAGGCAAGGAGCGCAGCGAUAUGGGUCUCUUGGCCGCCAUGAAGAUACAGAAGGUGUGGCGCGGCCAUACCGCGCGCCGCAUCACGCGCAGACGAAAGCAAGAAGAAAUGAUUUUGAUCGGCAUGGUGCCGCCUACCGCGGCGAUGCUAAAGAGACGUGCCGAAAAGGAGGACAAGCUAAAUAAGAUUUACGAGCGUCGCUAUGCAACACAAGCGGCCUACAAACAGAAACUGGAAUCAUCCGUAGUAGCUGUGCGCGCGGACAUAAAGUCCAAGCAGGGUGCUACAAUAACCGAGGACAUAACCGAUGAGUUACGCGCCUGGAUCAAGGAUUGUUACGAGAAAACGGGCAAAUUGCCAGAAUUUCCGAGCGAGGACCAAGGCGGUUCGCUGCAUAUCUUCAGUCGGCCAGGCACUGAAAGCGAGCUGAGCCGCUCUUCAGCGCGCUCCUCAAAGGAGUCGCGCAAGACCAAGGACAAAUCAAAAUCGCCAGCGCGUAGCGGGGACUUGAACGUUUUGGAUAACCAGGCGGAAGGGGAAAAUUUUCAACCUGGCCAAACUGUGCUUCUCGCUGAUAUCAAAACGGCAAUUGAAGAAUUCAAUGAAGUCUGGCGUAACAAAGACGAAGCCGGCAACCUGGCUCAAGCGCAGUACGAUGACAUGAUAUACAAUGAAAAAUAUCUGGAGGUAGAGCACGAGUGUCGACGCGCCGUGGACGAAUUAAUGCGUCAAGAGCUGGAAUUGUUGCAGUCCGCCAUCGGCAAAAAGAUCAAGAAGAGUAGCAAGAAAACACGCCGAUCCGGUAAGAAAAGCAAGAAGAAGAAAGAAAAAGAUCUUACACCCGAUCGUACAACUGAAUCACUCUACGAGGAGCUUGUCACCAAUGGCAUUAUACGCAAGUAUCCAGAAGUGCGUCUAAGUCAAUAUAUUGGCGACAAGGCGUUGAGCGAACGUUCUGGCACUAAUCCAUCGGCUGGUGACAUCCGUCAGCUUCUCAUCGAGUACUGCAUUUUACCACUCGGCUCUGAAGCCAUACGUAAUUCAUGCCCACUUAUACGCUCAAUACUGCUCGCCGGUCCGCGUGGUUCGGGCAAAAAGGCCUUGCUGCACGCUAUUUGCACUGAAGUGGGCGCUGUACUAUUUGACCUAACACCUGCUAAUAUUGUUGGAAAAUAUCCGGGGAAAUCUGGUCUCAUAAUGCUUAUACAUUUGGUUUCCAAAGUAUCGCGUCUUCUGCAGCCUGCAGUCAUAUAUAUGGGCGAUGCAGAGCGACCAUUUAUGAAGAAGGUGCCGAAGACAGAUCGCACUGAUCCGAAACGCUUGAAGAAAGAUUUACCACGACUGAUUAAGAAUAUAGCGCCGGAGGACCGUGUCCUCUUCAUAGGAACUUCCAACUUACCCUGGGAAGCGGAUCAAAAACUUUUUCAGCAAACUUAUAAUCGCUUCAUUUAUAUACCCAGACCGGAUUAUGGCGUACGAUCGAGCGCAUGGAAAGCAUUGGCUAAUGAAUAUACUGGUGGCUUGUCCAAUUUGGACUACAGUGUAAUGGCGAAAAUUUCUGAUGGCUACACUAUCGGCUCUAUUGAUUCGUGUUUGAAAGAAGUAUUGACAUGUAAGCGUAAGCUACAGCUGCGGACACAGCCAUUGACUCAUGCAGAGCUUAUAAACGCAUUAAGCACUCGAGAUCCGGUUUAUCGCGAGGAGGAAGAAGCAUUUGAUUCCUGGUGGUCUAAAACGCCACUCGGACGAAGGUAUGAACGUGCACUAGAAAUGGAGGAGGAAGCGCGUUUGGAAGAAGAGGAGAAAAAUGCCAAGCAGAGCAGUAACGGCAAGAAAAAGUAAAGGAGAAUUUGAGAAACUCCAAACACACUAAUAAGGCAUCAUAUUUAUACAGAGAUGUAUUGACUUGUAACGCUGCAAAUAUUUACGAAUAAAUACAUUGAAAAAUUUU